AUGACACGUGAAUUCAAGAUGACAGAUUUAGGUCUGAUGAGAUUCUUUCUUGGUCUGGAGGUUCGAAAAGAAGAAACAAGAAUUUUCAUUUCACAGGAGAAAUAUGCAAAAGAAAUCUUGAAAAAAUAUAAGAUGGAAAGCUGUAAUCCAAUUUUGACGCCAAUGGAACUAGGUACAAAGUUGUCAAAAGUUGAUGGAGGAGAACAUGUCGAAGAAAGCAAAUAUCGAAGCUUGGUAAUAAGUCUUCGAUAUCUCACAUGUACAAGGCCAGAUCUUUCGCUUAGUGUUGGAAUUGUAAGUCAUUUCAUGGAGGAACCGAUUUAUGCACAUUGGAAGGCAUUAAAAAGAAUCCUUCAAUACAUCCAAGGAAUUGUGUCACCUGGAAUGUUCUACUCAAAAAUAGAAGAUUACAAGUUGAAUGGUUAUUCCGACAACGAUUGGUGCAGUGAUAUAAAUGAUCGAAAGAGUACGUCAGGAUAUGUGUUCUUUAUGGGAAAUACCGCUUUUACAUGGAUUUCAAAGAAACAGCCGAUUGUUACACUCUCGACAUGUGAAGCUGAAUACAUAGCAGCAUCUUUGAUGCGUUUGUCAUGCAAUAUGACUUAG